AUAUUGGGGCAUUAAAGUUGAUUUUAGAGAAUAAGUAUCCACCUCAUGUUGUGUGAUGUCUUACUUAUUUUUUCUCCUCCGUCCUAUUUCAAGUCUUUCACUCUGCAGACCAGAGAUCCUAUGAGAAGGAGGAAUGUAUCAAAUCCCUCUCGGGAGCUGUUUUCCAGGAGGAUCUAUCAGGAAUCCACAAAUCAAGACAUCUCAGAUGGAGGGUUUUGUGUCCUUUAAGGAGGUGGCUGUGUAUUUCUCCGAAGAGGAGUGGUCUCAGCUGAAUGUUGACCAAAAAGCACUGUAUUGGGAAGUCAUGCUGGAAAAUCAUAGGAACGUUGCCUCUUUGGGUAAUGACAGUGAAGAAGAUGAAAAGUCCAGGGAGUUAUUCCAAAUGAUCAGUCGUGGAUACAAUACGAAGAACCCUACAGUUCUAAUGGAAGUAGAAAGCCGUGAGAGAAGCCAUUCUAAUUGCAAUCAGGAAUGUUCAUCUGAUGUUCAUGCAUCAAUGAAAGCCUCUGUGGCCCAGGAAGGAAAAAUAAAAAAGAAAUAUAUUGGAAAAUGUACAAAACUAUUCAUGAACAAAUUAGAUGUGGCUAAACAUCAAACCCAAAUGGAAGGAGAAGAUUUUAUAUAUGGAGACAAUGGAAAUACUUAUAAAUGGACCCUGUCUCUUCCCCAUCAAAAUGGGUCCAAUAGAUCUCAAAAAAGUAUCCACACAGGAAAGAAGCCACAUAAAUGCAUGGAGUGUGGAAAGAGCUUUAGUAGGAACACUUCCCUUACAUGUCAUAAGAGGAUCCACACAGGAGAGAAACCCUAUAAAUGCCUGGAGUGUGGAAAGAGCUUCACUUUUAGUACUUCUUUUACUUCGCAUUCCCGGAUCCAUACAGGAGAGAAGCCAUAUAAAUGCAUGGAGUGUGGACAGAGCUUUACUUCGAGCAACAGUCUUGCUUCCCAUAAAAGGAUCCAUACAGGGGAGAAGCCGUAUAAAUGCAUGGAGUGUGGAAAAAGCUUCUCUCUUAGCAGUUCUCUUACUUCGCAUUACCGGAUCCAUACAGGGGAGAAGCCCUAUAAAUGCAUGGAGUGUGGAAAGAGCUUCUCUCUUAGCAGUUCUCUUACUUCACAUUACCGGAUCCAUACAGGGGAGAAGCCCUAUAAAUGCAUGGAAUGUGGAAAGGCCUUUACUCGGAGAAGGAGUCUUACUUCCCAUAAAAGGAUCCAGCAACGGAAUAAGAUGUAUAAAUGCAAGGACUGUGGAAAGAGCUUUUCUACAAACUGUCAACUUACAGGUCAUAAGAAGAUCCACAUAGGAGAGAAGCCCUAUGAAUGUAUGGAGUACGCAAACAGCUCCAGCUCACUCAGAAAUCCUUCUUUACAUGAAAGAAUCAACACAGAGCAACGGCCUUAUAAAUGCAUGGAGUGUGGAAAGUCCUUUAUACAGAGAAUUCAUCUAAGUUCACAUACAAGAAUCCACACAGCAGAGAAGCCCUAUAAGUGCAUGGAAUGUGGAAAGAGCUUCUUAUCUAGUAAUUCUCUUACUUCCCAUUACUCGAUCCAUACAGGGGAGAAGCCAUAUAAGUGCACAGAGUGUGGAAAGAGCUUCUCUCAAAGUUCUUCUCUUUCUCUUCAUCAACGAAUUCACACAGGAGAAAAGCCCUAUAAAUGCAUAGAAUGUGGAAAGAGUUUCCCUAAAAACAGUGAUCUUAUUAUACAUUCAAAGAUCCAUACAGGGGAGAAGCCACAUAAAUGCCUGAAGUGUGGAAAGAGCUUUGUUAAGAACAGUCAACUUAUUUACCAUAGUCGGAUCCAUACCGGGGAGAAGCCCUAUAAAUGCAUGGAAUGUGGAAAGAGCUUCCCUAAGAACAGUGAUCUUAUUGCACAUAUAAAGAUCCACACAGAGGAGAAGCCACAUAAAUGCAUAGUGUGUGGAAAGAGCUUUAUUAAGAACAGCCAACUUAUUUACCAUAGUAGGAUCCAUACAGGGGAGAAGCCAUAUAAAUGCAUGGAGUGUGGAAAAUGCUUUACUGCCGGUAGUAAUCUUCUCGCCCAUAAAAAGACACACACAGGGGAGAAGCCUUAUAAAUGCACUGAAUGUGAAAAGAGUUUUUCUACAAACAGUUAUCUUAACAUCCAUAAAAGGAUCCACACAGGGGAGAAGCCUUAUAAAUGUAUGGUCUGUGGGAAAGGUUUUAUUAUGAACCGUUCUCUUAAUGCCCAUAUAAGGACCCACAUAGUGUAGAAUCCAUAUAAAUCUGUGAAAUCUGGAAAAAGGUUCAAGAUGAACAGUGCCCGAAUGUUGUCUAUACGGAUACAUUUUGGUGAGAAUAUGUUUAAACGUUAGGUUUAAUGAUUGAAAUAUAUGCAUUUUCUAAUUACAUUUACUGAAUUAGAGUUUUUUUGAGUCCAAUGUUGACAACUAGAAGCCCCAGGGAGAUGAAUUUACCAAUGGAAACCAAAUGCUAGCCAUGUUUUAAUUACAAACAGUGAAUUUUUGUAGCUACUGUCAUUUGAAGGUCAGCAAUGCCAUUUCACAUAAAUAAAGGACCAUCUUCCUUUCUUCAUGUUUAUCGCAUUUUCGAUUGGAUCAUAAGAAAGCCUUAAUCCCUAAUAAAAGGUUAAUUUUUGAGAUCAAGCAUACAGCUUAGCUAGUAAAAUAUAAUUCAAUGUGUUAUAUGGGAAAGCUAUAAAUCAGGGACGACGUGUAGGAGUUAUAGCUAAAUGUGAAUUACCAAAGUUCAAGUGAUGCUAUAGAAGAUACCUUAUGAACAGAACAGUUUAAGUAGCAACUGUUUUGCAGUUAAGCUGUGUAUAGCUGUCAUUAGAAGUUAUAUAAUGAAUUGCAAAAUUUUGAAAUGAAACGGCUUGGGAUAUUGUGCUAAAUUACAAGAAUGUUAAAAAGAAACAUCUGGUGACUGGGUAACAUCAGAUACUCUAACUUAAUUCUUAA